GACAUUCCAGUUGAUCAGUGCCAGCCGAUCGGUCGGUAGAAAGAAGAUCGUCGCGAGCCCAAAAAGAAAAUCGAACCCGCAGAAAGUGCCAGUGUCUCAGUGCAAAGACUGUUAAGCAAACAAAAAUGAAAGCUUUCAUUAUCGCCGGUUUGUGUGUGUUGAGCGUGCUCAGCCUGGGAUCUGCUCAGUUCCAGAACGGACGUCUGGAACCACCAAAUCCCCAGCUCUGUGCCCAGCGUGUCAUCCAUGAGAAGACUCCCGAUGGCAAGGGUUACUUCUUCUCGUGGCGCGAUCCUCAACUGAAGGGUGUGGAGGAGGAUUGGCUGUCGGCCAGGAACUAUUGCCGCAGGCGCUGCAUGGACUCCGUUUCCCUGGAGACCAGCCUGGAGAAUGAGUGGAUCAAGCAGUUCGUGGUGCGCGAGAAUGUGAAAUACAUCUGGACCAGCGGCCGCUUGUGCGACUUCAAGGGCUGCGACCGUCCCGACCUGCAGCCCACGAACAUCAACGGAUGGUUCUGGACCGCCACCCUGCAGAAGCUGGCACCCACAACCGAGCGUUCCCAGGGUGAUUGGUCGCCCACCGGUGGAAUUGGCCUGCCCCAGCCUGAUAACCGUGAAUACAAGCAGAAUGGUAGCUUCGAAAGCUGCGUUGCCCUGCUGAAUCAGUUUUACAAUGAUGGUGUCAACUGGCACGAUGUGGCCUGCCAUCACAAGAAGAGCUUCGUCUGCGAGGAGAACGAUGCCCUGCUGAAGUAUGUGCGCUACACAAAUCCCAAUCUGCGCAUCUAAGCGGAUGAGGACGAUGAUGAGGACGAGGGCUGGCGGAAGGACCAGCGUCUCUCCAACUAAAAACCAAAAAUGAUAUUUUCUAAAACGGCAACGGUGAACGAUGAUCGAUGUCUAAACUAUCUACUUUCCGAUUGUCCUUAAAAAUCAAACAGUUUUCUGGCUAAAUUGCUGCAUGACAUUUGAUACUUUUCUUGGUAACAACCUUCCGAAUCUCUAAGCUCUCUAUUCUGUCUCAUCAGCUAGUUUAAUUUUUAAUUUUGUAUUAAUUUAUGAUUUUCUUUAAUUAUAAUAAAACAUUCGAAACGA